CUGUUGCCGCUAUUCCCGAAGGUUUAGCCGUAGUUAUCACAACAUGUUUAGCUCUUGGUACAAAAAAAAUGGCCAAGAGAAAUGCAAUUGUUCGAUCUCUUCCAUCUGUUGAGACUCUGGGUUGUACGAGUGUCAUAUGUUCUGAUAAAACUGGUACUCUCACUACAAAUCGUAUGAGCGUUUCUAGGUUAUUUGUCAUAACAACCGAGCAUGCUGAUAUCCAGGAAUAUCAUAUUGAUGGUUCUAAUUACUCUCCACACGGAAAAAUCCUUACGGCUGAUGGCGAAAAUGUCAACUUUCUUCCUGAAAAUAGUCCUUGUAUUAAUGAUCUAGCAAAAAUAUGUGCUCUUUGUAAUGACUCCCGAAUUGCAUAUGAUGAAACUACUGAAUCUUAUCAAAAUGUCGGUGAACCAACCGAAGCUGCUUUAAAGGUCCUCGUCGAAAAACUUGGAACCGAUAGUAAUUCAUUUAAUAAUACUUUGAGCUCUUGUUCUUCAAAAGCACGUGCUACUGCUUGUAAUGAUUACUAUGAAACUAGAUUCCAUCAAUUUUCUCGUGAUCGUAAAUCCAUGUCAGUCAUUGUUCAAAAUAUGAAUACCAAAUCAACUUCAUUACUUGUUAAGGGUGCUCCUGAAUCAAUAUUAAACAGAUGUACUUCUAUCCAAUUAUAUUCCUCAUCCACUCCUAUUCCGCUUACUCCUGUUAUGCGAGAAAAAUUAUUUGAGAAACUAUUAGAAUAUGGUCAUAAAGGUUUACGAGUUCUUGCUAUGGCCAAAAUCGAAAAUUGUCCAACCAAUUGGGAUCUUCGUGACCCUUCAAAUUUUGUUCAAUUUGAAAAGGAUAUGACUUUUAUGGGUUUAGUAGGCAUGCUUGACCCACCACGUCCUGAAGUUCUUGAUGCUAUUAAAAAAUGUAAGACGGCUGGAAUAAGAGUUAUUGUUAUAACUGGUGACAAUCAAAACACUGCUGAAGCUAUUUGCAGAUCAAUUGGUAUUUUUGGUGAACAUGAAGAUUUAACUGGAAAAUCUUAUACUGGUAGACAAUUCGAUGAUCUUUCAAAUGAUGAAAAAGCUGAAAUUUUAAAGAGUGCUAGUUUAUUCUCAAGAACUGAACCAUCACAUAAAAGUCAACUUGUUGAUAUACUACAAAAAAAUGGUGAAGUAGUGGCUAUGACAGGUGAUGGUGUCAAUGAUGCUCCAGCUUUAAAGAAAGCUGAUAUCGGUAUUGCAAUGGGUUCUGGUACUGAUGUUGCUAAAUUGGCUGCUGAUAUGGUUCUUGCCGAUGAUAAUUUUGCUAGUAUCGAAGGUGCUGUUGAAGAAGGGCGAUCAAUAUAUAAUAACACAAAACAAUUCAUUCGGUAUUUAAUUAGUUCAAAUAUUGGUGAA